GUUUGUGUCUCGCAGUACCCCGCCAUGCUCAAGUGUUUGCGUUUCUCCCGGUACCUUGUUUUUAAGUUGUUAUAGAUUAAGUAAUAUACCUCUGGAAAUGGGUGAUCGAUACAAUAUUCAUACCCAGUUAGAACAUUUGCAGUCGAAAUAUGUUGGUACAGGUCAUGCUGACACCACCAAGUGGGAAUGGCUAACAAACCAGCAUAGAGAUAGUUGUGCAUCCUAUCUGGGUCACUUCGACACACUUAACUUGUUUGCUAUAUGCGAAAAUGAGUGCAAGGCGAGAGUUCGAUUUAACCUUCUCGAGAAAAUGCUUCAGCCAUGUGGCCCUCCUCCAGAACGUCCUGAGGCAUAGUUUAGUUCUUAAUUCAAAUACUCCAUAGUGUAUUCCAUCAAACUACAACCUCUAACACUUGGUUUUGCCUGAUAAGACCCAAAUAUACGAAAAACAUGAUCAGAGUUCUUUUUGUGUAGUGUGUUGGGUCGCUCAUCAGGAGAAGCGUCAUUCCCUGUGUAUUCUCGUAUAUGCUGUACCAAUUUCACUUUUAAUCAUCCCAAUAGUUUCAUUACUAAUACGUUAACUCAAUUUCGUUAAUAGUUUGUGAUAUUAUUUGGAGCUUGCAAGAUAGAUUCAGCUAACAAUUUUAUAUAGAUUAGUGAUGUAGCUCAACUGCUAGAAUAACUUGAAUAACCAUUCAGUCAGUUGUUUCGAAAGUAAUCGUUCGAAUCAAAUUAUUAAGUUACUGCGUUCUAUGUUUUUCAUGGCAAUAGCAUCUAUGUUUAUGGGAUUACUCGUACUUGUCAUUGUAAUUUGUAAAUAUUUAGAAUCACAGUUCUAGCGUUUUGUCCGGUGGUUCUUCAAUUGGUUUUUGUAACAAGUGACUUAUGUGUCUUACUGUUAACCACGGAAGACCCAUUUCAAUAGUGAAAGACACCUCACACAAAACGUGUAUUAGACAUAUUUCUGAUUAAAUAAAAUGACUUC